GGUGUGAAAAAAACAAAGACAGAGGUUUCAAGCAAACAGGGGAAGGAGAUAGAGAGACAUUCAGCACUCUCCAUCUCUUUUCCUUUUGAAUAAGUCUUGAUCAGAAUAGAAACAAAAAAAAAAAAAGUUAAAACAGAUAAUAUGGCUUCAGAUCUUGAAGAGAUCAAGAAUGAGACAGUCGAUCUCGAGAACAUUCCAAUCGAGGAAGUUUUCACGGCUUUGAAAUGUUCGAGAGAAGGGCUGACGAGCGAUGAAGGUAACAAAAGGCUCGAGAUCUUCGGGCCCAACAAGCUCGAGGAGAAAAAGGAGAGCAAAUUCCUCAAGUUCCUCGGCUUCAUGUGGAACCCUCUCUCGUGGGUCAUGGAGUCCGCCGCUAUCAUGGCCAUCGUCUUGGCUAAUGGCGGGGGAAAGCCUCCGGACUGGCAGGACUUUGUCGGCAUAGUCGUGUUGCUCAUCAUCAACUCGACUAUAAGCUUCAUCGAGGAAAACAACGCCGGAAAUGCCGCGGCCGCUCUCAUGGCCGGCCUUGCCCCCAAGACCAAGGUUCUGAGGGACGGCAAGUGGUCCGAGCAAGAGGCUUCGAUCCUUGUCCCGGGUGACUUGAUCAGCGUGAAGCUCGGUGACAUCAUCCCGGCCGAUGCUCGUCUACUCGAAGGCGAUCCUCUGAAGAUCGACCAAUCGGCUCUCACAGGCGAGUCUCUUCCCGUCACUAAGCAUCCGGGCCAAGGAGUCUACUCGGGCUCGACUUGCAAGCAGGGCGAAAUCGAGGCUGUUGUUAUUGCAACUGGUGUUCACACGUUCUUCGGCAAGGCCGCUCAUCUUGUCGAUAGCACCAAUAACGUCGGCCACUUCCAACAGGUUUUGACUGCAAUCGGUAACUUCUGCAUAUGCUCGAUUGCGGUUGGUAUGGUGAUCGAGAUACUUGUAAUGUACCCGAUUCAGAAGAGGAACUACAGGCAAGGGAUUGAUAACUUGCUCGUGUUGCUUAUUGGUGGAAUCCCGAUUGCCAUGCCCACGGUUCUUUCGGUCACAAUGGCAAUCGGGUCCCACAGGCUGUCUCAGCAAGGUGCCAUCACGAAGAGGAUGACGGCCAUUGAGGAGAUGGCUGGCAUGGAUGUGCUCUGCAGCGACAAAACCGGAACACUUACGCUCAACAAGUUGACGGUCGAUAAGACAUUGAUCGAGGUUUUCCCAAAGAACAUUGAUAAGGAUGCUGUGGUUUUGUUCGCAGCCAGAGCUUCGAGAAUUGAAAAUCAGGACGCGAUUGAUGCUUCCAUUGUCAACAUGCUUGGUGAUCCCAAGGAGGCAAGAGCCGGAAUUAAAGAGGUGCAUUUCCUGCCAUUCAAUCCGGUGGACAAGCGCACGGCUAUCACAUACAUCGACAAUGACGGGGACUGGCAUAGGUGCAGCAAGGGUGCUCCCGAGCAAAUCAUCGAACUCUGUCUCCUCAAAGGUGAAGACCUGAAGAAGGCCCACGCCGUCAUCGACAACUUCGCCAACCGCGGCCUCCGAUCCCUCGGCAUUGCCAGACAGACCGUGAAUGAGAAGACGAAGGAAAGCGCAGGCGAGCCAUGGGAGUUCGUUGGCCUUCUGCCACUCUUCGACCCGCCAAGACAUGACAGUGCCGAGACCAUUAGCAAGGCCCUCGAUCUUGGCGUCAACGUGAAGAUGAUCACCGGCGACCAGCUGGCGAUCGGAAUCGAGACUGGCCGACGACUCGGAAUGGGCACCAACAUGUACCCUUCAUCCGCCCUUCUCGGCCAGAACAAAGACGAGUCUAUUGCCUCCAUUCCCAUCGACGAACUCAUCGAGAAAGCCGAUGGCUUCGCUGGAGUCUUCCCUGAGCACAAAUACGAGAUCGUGAAGAAACUCCAAGAGAGGAAGCACAUUUGUGGGAUGACUGGUGACGGUGUGAACGAUGCUCCGGCAUUGAAAAAGGCUGACAUCGGAAUUGCGGUGGCCGACGCUACAGAUGCCGCGAGGAGUGCUUCAGACAUUGUUCUAACCGAGCCAGGAUUGAGCGUGAUCGUGAGUGCUGUCCUGACUAGUCGAGCCAUUUUUCAAAGGAUGAAGAACUACACGAUCUAUGCUGUCUCGAUCACGAUCCGUAUAGUGAUGGGAUUCUUGCUCAUUGCACUUAUCUGGAAGUUCGACUUUUCGCCUUUCAUGGUCCUCAUUAUUGCCAUCCUCAACGACGGUACCAUCAUGACCAUUUCAAAGGAUAGAGUGAAGCCUUCGCCAGUGCCGGACUCGUGGAAGCUCAAGGAGAUUUUCGCCACAGGGGUUGUACUCGGAACUUACAUGGCACUCAUGACCGUCAUUUUCUUCUACCUUGCAGCCGAUACCGACUUCUUCUCCGUAAGUUUUUCUUUUUAG